AUGUCAGCGAUAUCCGGUCAAGGCACCGCCGACCUGAACAAUUGUGAUGAGAAUUCAUUGAACGGUGAGGGACACCGGAGAGAACCUAUCCCAACAGGCCUCUCAUCCUUCCCUUGUUUGUCGUUCCCCUCUGGUUCAUUGGAAAUGCAUCCUUCAGCAUCUACGAAUACCCACCAUUCUGCGCAAUCAUUGAAUGUCAACCAAACGGAGCGCUUGUCGAAACGAAGCGCUGAUGGAGACGGGACCAGUGACGAAGAAGGAACUAGACUACGAUCCAAGAAACGGCGGGUCAAGUCCGCAGACGCCGAGGCCAACGGGGUGAUAUUCAAGAGGCUCUUUGCACUUCUGGGGGAAUCGUUGGCCGUAGCGAAAAUAGGGUCUGGAGAAACAGUCAGAUGGUCAGAGGAUCUUACCGAGGCCUUGGCAGGGUUGCAGACCGAACUGGAGUGCGAGUUAGGAGAUAACGCAGAGGAGAUUCUCAGUCCUGAACUGAAGGAGGUCAGGCAAAAGGUUAUAUCCCUCUCUGCGGCCUGCAAGACCCUACAUCAGCAGCUUACUCUCGUCGGCAAUUGGGAGGAGAUGGCCAAACGUGUGCUUAAGGAUAUGUAA